AUGGCGAAACGCAAGGCACCUGAAGAACUCUCCACUAAUGUGAAUACUAUCAAAGCUCGCAACCGCAUCUCCAACCUUACUGAAGAUGAGAAGGCUGUUCACUUAGCACUCAAGGCUGACCAUGCUGAUCUGAGCUACUACUUAAAGAAGUUAUAUAAGUCUGCAAAGUAUAUCGCUGCCUCUACUGAAGACAAGACACGUCUACAGAAUGAAUUGAAGGUUGAGCGUAUUCGUGUUCAGACUGAGAAGGGUACCCAUUUCAAGAAUAUUAGCGCCUCUUCUUCUUCUCCACAAGCACCACCAUCUACUCCGCCACAACUUCUGUCUGAGCUUGCUGCAUUUGAGGGUAUCUCAAGUAUCCCAAUCGAUGACAAUCAUAACAGCGAAUGGGAGGAUACUGAGGUUGAAGACGAUUUAGAGUUGGAGCUUAUGUUACGGCGCGACGAUAUUUUAAAUCACGAGGCUGUUCUACCAGAUGAGCUUUCCGAUGAAGAGAUCGCUAGCAUCCAGGCUCUCUUAACUCAAGCGCGCAUUGAUGCCCAUGAAGAGUCCAAUUUCCGCAAGUGGCAACAUUUCUGGGAUAGAUGUAUCCGCUCAUAUACGAGAAAGGCUGGAAAGCUGAGAAAGAAGCCUGAGCGUCUCUUUGAGUAUAUGCCGUGGAUUGAUGUAGAGGAAGGCACUUUUCAUGAGGUUAUCCCACCACAUAAAUAUUUCUGUUUGUACGAGCAGGCAGUUUGGACAAACUUUACAGCUUGGAAGUUUGGAAAGUGGGCCCAAUUACCAGGACCUGCGCAGUGGUACCCAAAGUCUUACAAUCUUGUCGACAAUGGAUGGUUGCAAGUCUCCACUCAUAGUUCUAGCUUCAAAGAGGCAUUCUUACUUGUCUACUCUAAGAAGUUUGAUAAGGAAAAGUGGGCUAAGGUAUCAGGAGAACUUGAGUUUGCUAAAGUUAUAGCGCUGGAGUACCUGGUUUUCCAACGCGAAUAGGGGCUAUAGAGAAAUUUAAGUACUUCAUCGUAGCCAGACUUCUGGUAACCUUCUGAUAAUCGAGCAAUUUGCCAAAUGUCAUCUCAAUACUCAGAGUUGUUUGAUUCUGACAAUCCUAUUGCAGAUGUAUUCUCAGACUCUUUUCCAUCUUCUCAACGACUAUCCUCAUUAAAUCAAGUCCCUGCAGGCCUUGAAUAUAUUGGCAAAUUAAACCAAUUCAUCAAAUGGAC